CACCAUUCGCUCCACGAUGUACCGGAAGCACAUGCUGGCUCGUGGCGGUUGAUGUUGUUGUCUGGGACGUGUAAAAUGAGAGAUAUUCGAGUGUUUUUAUAACAGCAAAACACGAUUGUGAGGCCAUAGGAAAUGUCAUCAGCAACGCCCGUUCCCUCGGCGGAGCUCGAAGCUGAGCGGUGCGGGAGUGAGGAGGAGAACCGUGCUGUGGAGGCAGAGGACCGGGGUCAGCAGCUGACAGGCCCGGCCGUCGUGCCCCAUAACCGUCUGUCCAAACUCCCGCUGGCCCGCAUCAAAGCUCUGAUGAAGACGGAUCCAGACGUGUCCUUGGCUAGCCAGGAGUCUGUGUUCAUCAUCGCUAAAGCUACGGAGUUGUUUGUUGAGAUGAUUGCCAAAGAUGCUAUGGUGUAUGCUCAGCAAGGAAAGAGGAAAACUUUACAAAGAAAAGACUUGGACAAUGCAAUAGAGGCCAUAGAUGAGUUUGCAUUUCUUGAAGGAACACUGGAUUAAAGAUUUUUUAUAAGACCACAUUAAAAAGAUCCUCAACUGUCUAAAAUGUGUUUCAUUGUUGAAUCACAGAACAUUUUUUCUAAGUCAACCUCACAGAUUGAUUAAAUGCUUUUAUAUGACAAGCUCUAACUUUGAAUUUGUCUGAUAUUGUGUAAAUGGUUUUGUAAAUAUGUGAGUAAUGUUACUGGAAAAUGGAAUAAACUUUUGUUUUAACAACA